GUAUAUUUAAUAUUUAUGUAUAUUGGUAGCUACCAUAAUUGUAUAGGGUGCAUUUAAUAUUGUUUCCUAUUAUCAUUAGGAAACCUUUGUAUAUAUACACAUGUAAUCUCCCAUAAUAAUUUAUGUGAAAAUAUUCAUUCUUCAUGGUAUCAGAGCACUAAUUCUCGGCUCUCGUUUUUCUCCUUCUCUCUCUCUUUCGAUCGGCAACCUCUCCCCCUCUACCCGCCGAUCUGCUUUCUCUCCCCCGGCAGCCAUGGCCGAUGAAAACUCCUCCUCCGGCAAGGUAAUCUCCACCGCCGACACCUCUUCGUCCAACAACUCUCCCCAUCUCGCCUUCACCACUAUAUCCAACAUCAAACUCCAUAUUCCCGUGCAACUAAGUCUUUCAGCACCAAAUUACAAAAAGUGGAGCCGUUUGUUUCGUCUCUUGAUUCUUCGCUUCAAUCUCAAGGGUUUCAUCGACGGCACCACGCUUGCCUCCUCUGCGGAUGAUGCCGAAUGGUAUCAAUUUGAUGCCCUAAUUCAAGGAUGGAUCUUGUCCACCAUCACGGAUGAAGUCUCUGAUCUCGUUCUUGCCAACAAUCUCUCUGCUCAUGCACUAUGGAAAGCUAUUUACAAUCUUUUUCACGACAACAAGCAUGCCCGGGCGAUGCAAUUGGAGCACCGCUUCCGUACAACUGUGAAGGGCCACCUCUCCAUCGACGAAUAUUGUCGCCUUCUCAAGAAUCUCUCCGAGUAUCUCGACGAUGUGGAUGCCCCCGUCACCGAGCAUGCCCUUGUACUCCAGGUUCUUCAAGGCCUCCCUCACGAUAUUCGGGGUCAAGUUCAGUUUUUGCAAUAUCAAAAUCCACUCCCGACGUUCUUGGAGGUUCGAUCCGCCUUGCUCCUCGUUGAACAGCAACAAACUGACGCCGUAUACGGCGCCGGAGCGCCGUCCACUGCCCUCCUCAGCACCGGCGGCGGCGGCGGACACACGAGCAGCGGACACCGGCAGGACCGAGGCGGCGGCUAUGGAGGGACACAACUUGCCAUUGCAUAUGCUCUUACUUUUUCAAACCCUACCUAUCACAUCAUACAUUUUUCCUAAUAAUUUAUAUAUUACAUCCUACUUUUACCCAUCACAUCAAGGGUAUUUUUGGAAAGUCAACACAAAAUUAUCACUUCCUUAAUUUUAACUUUAGUUAAAAUGGGUAACACUUUAUGGGACGGAGGGAGUAAUAAAUAAGCCCCUUGGUU